UUGAUAUAGUAUAUAAAAAGAUCAAAAACAAGCAAUGUCCAAAGUAUAUGGUGACGUUCUGUAUACGCGAAUAUUAUUUUUUUCUGCUACAAUUUUCUUUUCAUUUAUUUAAUAGGAAAGAAUGAAACGUUUCUUUUUCUUCGCAAUCUUCAUUUUAUCACUUUCACUUUGCUGUGCAGAGCAGGAAGACGUUAAAGAAGUGUAUGAAGCUGAUUGUAAAGAGAAAAUUCACAUAACUCUUCAAGUUCAGUUCGAAGCCGUCAACAAAACAAAUCCACAACCGCUCUCCAUCACUGUUGAUAAAGGAACAUACGCCGUGGAUGCUUUUCUUGCUGUGAAGGACAAACCAUGCUAUAACCUGCACUACACGUUAUUUAAAUAUGGCGCAUUUAUCGAUGCAAUGUGCAAUGUUCGAAACAAUUCGAAGAAAUCGUUCUACUGGAUGUUUUAUAUCAACAAUAAAUUGGCACGAGUCGGCGUUUCGUGUUACGAGGUCAAAAAGUACGACGUGUUGACAAUGCGAUAUGUCGAUACUUUAACUUUAAAGAAAACACACAAAGGAUGUGGACAGUUACGAUAAUUUGUAACGACAUUUGCGCUUGUUCGUUUGUAAGCCGAGUAUGUAAACAAACCGCCGCCAUUAU